AUGGCUCAAAACCAAGUGAUCGUUGACUACUACGCAGUCCUGGGCAUCCCCCCGACUGCCGAUGCAUCCUGCAUCAAAGCGGCCUUCAGAACCGCGGCUCUAGCCAAGCACCCUGACAAAAACCCGUCUCCGGACGCAACGUCCGAGUUCCAGCGCGUAGGCGAAGCCUACGAAACGCUCAUGGACGAGACGAGGCGCGCGCACUAUGACGCUGCAAUCUACCCAUUUAUCAAACAAACUAACGCUGCUUCGUCCUCUGCUCACACUGACCCUGCUCCUGGCGCAUGGGAGCAAGAGUUCCAAUGGACUGACCCUUUUUUUGAGCCACCGGAGCAGGAGCAGGAGCAGGAGCAAGGGUUUUUCACUGACCUUUUCACUGACCUUUCCCCUGACCCCGUCCUGUCACAAGAACAAGAGCAAGAGCAAGCGCAAAAACAAGAAGCCGAGUUCUCGCGCAUCGAAACCGAAGUACUCGAGCUCCGCAAGAGCUUCCUCAAGCACGAUAACCGCGAGAAGCAGCGCCAAACCGCAUUGGUCAGCCGUCUCCAGCGCGAAAAACCAUACCUCGCUGCGCUGAAGGCCGAGAUCGAGCGGCUAGCCGCACAGCGCGCUGCCUGUCUCUCUAGAUCUCACUUCCACAGCGACCCUGCCAACGCACAGCAAACAUGGUCCGAGUGCUUUGCUAACGGCGGCUACGGAAACGACGAGAUGAAAUACCAUGUUAACGCUAAGCGUGCGGAGGUCGAAGGCCUCGAGCGGAGUAUUGCUAAGCGCACGCUCUCGAGGAAACGCCGCCUUUCCACCUUCCAGGUUAAGAUUGAGGAGCUGAAUCAACAGUGGGUUGCUAACGGGGGAGUCUCCGGCUUUAAGAGGGCUGGGGAUCAGUGA